UAUUCAUAAAUCAAUUAAACCAAAAAUCAUCAAAUGGCCACCAUUCCACUACUGGCCAUUUUGCUACUAAUUCUCCUCUCCUUCAUAUUCCUCCUUUGGCGGCCUUCCAUAGCUAGUAUUAGGAACAAAAACUUCUCCUUGCUCGAAUGGCCGCUGCUAGGCAUGCUUCCCGGCCUCCUUUGUAACGUGUGGGCCGACGAUCUCCAUGGCUACAUCACUAGAACCCUCAAAGAAAACGGCGGCACGAUCGUGUUCAAAGGCCCGUGGUUCGCCGACAUGGACUUCAUCCUCACAUGCGAUCCCAUCAACGCCCACCACAUCUUCAGCAAGAGCUACGCCAAGUACGGGAAAAACGAAGAUUUCAGAGCCAUGUUCGAGGUCCUGGGAGACGGCAUCUUCAACGUGGACGGCGAGUCGUGGAAGUUCCAGCGACAGAUGCUCCAUUCCAUCCUCAACAACGAGGAAUUGCAGAACUACAUGAUGACAACCCUCAAGCUGAAGUUGGAGGGCACCUUGUUCCGAAUUCUCGACAAUUAUUGUUCAUCCAGAACCGGAGCUGAGGUGGACAUGCAGGACGUGGCAAAGAAGUUCAUGUUCGACAACAUUUGCUUGUGGGUUUUGGGGUUUGAUCCAGGUUACCUAUGUGUAGAUGGGCGUUCAAAAACUUUCUCCUGUGGGAAAGCAUUCGAGGAAAUCGAGGAGGGGAUCAUAUACCGACAUAUAGUGCCCAAAGGUGUCUGGGAGUUCCAGAAAAGGUUUGAGAUUGGUUCGGAGAGGAAGAUAAGUCUAAGUACGAAGGUGUUGGAUGAGUUCUUAUACAAUGCCGUCAAGAUCAAGAAACAAGAGAUGCUGCACAAAGAGGAGCAAAGACAACAUCACGACAUGCUAACACAAUGGUUGGUGGCUGACCAUCAAAGCCCAGACAAGUUUCUAAGAGACAUUGCGCUUACACUAAUUUCAGCUGGGAGGGACACCCUAUCUUCCACUCUGUCUUUGUUGCUAUGGUUGGUCGCGACCCACCCUGACGUUGAGAGAAAUAUUCUUGGGGAGAUCGAACGAGUAAUGGCAGUCAUGACUAGGACUGCUAGAGGGACUUCGAGGUUUCUGAUCAGCAAGGAUGAUUUAAAUGAGUUAGUGUACCUUCAUGCCGCCAUUUACGAGACAUUGAGGUUGUACCCACCAUUGCCAUUCGAGCACCGAUGCGCCAAUGAAGCUGACGUGCUCCCUAGCGGCCACAAAGUUCAUAAGGGAAUGAGGAUGUUGUUCUCCAUGUACUCCAUGGGGAGGAUGGAAGAGACGUGGGGGAAAGAUUGCAUGGAUUUCAAGCCCGAAAGAUGGAUUUCAGAUGAAGGAAAUAUAAUUCAUGUUCCGUCGCAAAAGUUCAUGACUUUUUUGACAGGAUCGAGGACUUGUUUGGGGAAGGCGAUGUCUUUCAUGCUACUUAAGUUCAUGGUUAGUUCAAUUCUGUGGAACUACAAAUUCGAAAUGGUAGUGGGUCACGUGGUGAAGCCAACACCAUCCAUGGUACUGUCAAUGAAAGAUGGUUUGAAGAUGAGAGUUUCCAAGAGAAAUGUAUAAUUUCUUGUGAACAAGAACAUGAUCUAGUUGUAGUACCAAUUGAACCUGAAUGUCUCGAUUCAAAUCUCUCUAGUAGCAGAUAAUAAUGAAAAUAAAUCUAUAUAAGCCUUAUCUAAGAAGAGAGAUGUCAAUUUUCUUUUUAAUCAAUAUUUAUGGUCUUUAGUAAAUAGAAAUGAGUAUGUAUGGGUUGUGAGCUGCAUGGUUGUUACUAGUGUCGUAAUAAAUAAAAUGUGGGCUCCCAUCUGUCUCUUCCUCUCUUGCUUCGUUCCAAUGAACAUAGUAUAAUAACUAACUAGAAAAUUAGCCCGUACUACGCAACGGGAAUAGAUUAUGAAUUUGUAA